ACAACCCCACGUGUGUGUGUAAAUGAAUGGACGUGUAUCUGUCAGAGCUGCUCACGCGCUAAUACACACACACAAACACAGAGGACUACAACCGUCGUUUAUUGAUUAAACUACAAACACCCACCUCUCUGGAAAAGCCUGCCUCCAUCUGUUGCAGUGUGACGCGUUCACCAUGAGUUUUGUGGAGUAUUCCGACGUCAUUCAGGACGGCGACGUCGCCAUCGUCUACCUCGGCAUCGACUCCACAAUGCCCAUCAAGGUGCAGAAAGGUGCCCAAACUCAGACCCGCUACGGAGUCAUCCGCCACUCCACCGACCUGAUCGGUCAGCGCUACGGGUCAAAGGUCACCUGCAGCAAAGGCGGGUGGGUCCACGUGCUUCACCCCACACCGGAGCUGUGGACAGUCUCGCUGCCGCACCGCACGCAAAUCCUCUACACCACAGACAUCGCCACCAUCACCAUGAUGCUGGAGCUGAAGCCGGGAUCUGUCGUGUGCGAGUCAGGUACGGGAAGCGGCUCGCUCUCCCACGCCAUCCUGCGCACCAUCGCCCCCACAGGUCACCUGCACACGGUGGAGUUUCACCAGCAGCGGGCAGAGAAGGUGGCUGAGGAGUUCAAAGAGCACCGCGUGGAUCACCUGGUCACCGUCAGGAACCAGGACGUGUGCAAAGACGGCUUCGGAGUGACGGGAGUGGCGGACGCGGUGUUCCUGGACAUUCCCAGCCCCUGGGAGGCAGUGAGACACGCAAAGACCGCUCUGAAGAGACAAGCAGGAGGUCGCGUGUGCUCGUUCUCCCCGUGCAUCGAGCAGGUCCAGAAGACGUGCCAGGCUCUGAUGGAUCAGGGUUUUGAGGAGCUCAGCAGCGUGGAGGUUCUGCUCAGAGUCCACGACGUCCGGGUCGUCUCCAUGCCGCUGCCGGACUUCGGCCCCGACCCCUCCGCUCCGCCCGGUCCCGACUCCAGAGGGGAGGCUCCGAACCACGCCUCCAUCGCCCUGAAGACAACCACGCCCCCCAGAGAGAUUCCGGGUCACACAGGUUACCUCACCUUCGCCACCAAACCCAGAACCUGAAGCUCAGAAUUUAGUGUUUUUCCUCUCUCACAGUUUAUAAUCUGCACACGUUUAAAGGUUGAUAAUCCAGCGUGGGGGGGCGUGGUUCCUCCAGGUCCUGGUCGGCACUGUGGUGCCACGACGAAUUACACUUUUGUUUUUACGUCAUUUUAUCCUCAUGUUGCUCGGCAACGGUUUGUUGCUUGCAUCAAGCAAGAGUGAAAAUCAAAUCAAUUUCAUUUCAGAAGAAAAAAAUCUUAAUUUGUAAC